AUGGCAACACAACGUCCCGUAUCUGAGCAAUUCAAUCUUCAACAAAAACCUGGAUCUAACCCACAAUAUAGGCAGUCGGCGGACCUUUCUCACUUGGGUCAGCAGCCGACAAACCAUAGGACUUCUCGUCCAACCUCCGAAAUAUUCUCCGCAAACAAUCAUAAUACAUACCAAUCACCCGAAGCUGAGGCCAUUGAUAAAUGGUUCGAAGAUCUUCAGCACUACGAACAAACCCUCGAAGAAAUGGCAACUGCCAGCUUAGAUCAAAAUUUCAAGGAAGAACUUAGUGCCAUUGAACAAUGGUUUCGAGUGUUGUCUGAGGCUGAGCGGACUGCCGCGUUGUAUAGUUUACUACAACAUUCAACUCAAGUACAAAUACGGUUCUUUAUAACAGUGUUACAACAGAUGGCAAGAAAUGAUCCAAUGGGUGCUCUUUUGUCACCAGCAAAUCCCGAGAAAGAUUUGAUGCAAGCACAAUUGGCUGGCGCUAUGGCUAAAGCAGAAGUUGAAGCCAAGUUAGCUGGUAUGUCUCUUAAAUCGCCAACAAGUCCGACAUAUCCACGUCGUUUAUAUGAUCGACACUCAGGCGUCGAAUUCUUAUCCCCUGAAGCCGCCAUUUAUUCGGAUCCAGCUGCAGCUCUUGCACAGCAAAGGGCUCGUCUCCAGGCGAAUACUGGUAAUCGUAAUACGUCUUUAUACUCUUCCCGACCAAAGUCCAUGGUGUCAGAAGGGGAUCAAACAGUUUGGGCGCCUGGUUCUACAACUGGUUCGAAUAAUAAAGACAGAACAAGUAACGGUCGUCCGAAAUCAGCUGAUUUAAGUACAUUACCUUGGACUCCUGCUGGUUUUCCUUUGCGUUCCCCUCGUCCAGGGGGGACCGGUGCUUUUGACGGUGAAUUAUCACCGCUUAUUGGCGGAAGCUGGGCUAGUAUGGUCUCGACGCCAGUGGUACCAAUGUUUGCGGAAAAUAAAAAUAAAGCAGCUGCUGAUGUAGAAUUGGUUAAUAAAAAGCUAACCAACUGGAGUAAUAGUUCUGGAAAUCGUGUUGUGUUAGAGAGUGAUGUAAAAAAAUUCCGUCGGAAUCAUGGAAAAUCAAACCCUGGUGUUCCUGCCACCGUUCAAGAAGAGAAAUAUAGUUCAAAUCAAGCCAACAUUGUUUUAUCGAUGUAUGACACUGAUGGAAAUAUUCGUUCACCUCAACGUUCUCCAAUUUCAAGUCCAAAACCUAUUGUCAGACAGGGUUCACGCCCAUCUUCACCUAAUCCCAAUCCAUCCAAUUUGUACCCUAUGCACUCAAAUUGGACUUCAACAGCCGGAAGUGGAAAAAAUACUCAUUUGGCACCUCCUAACAUCAUGGGUCACAGCGAAGAGAAUGGAGAAGCAGGUGGUUACCACAGUGACCACAGUGAUGCUUCACAUAGUAACAUUAAUAGCACUCCAAAAAGUCACGGUAAAAACAAAAAGAAGCAGAAUGAUGAUGCUGUUGAUUUCAACUUAUUAGAAGACAUUCCUGCUUGGUUACGCAGUCUCCGUUUACAUAAGUAUACACCUGUAUUUGAAGGGAUGAAAUGGCAAGAAAUUAUUGAAUUGGAUGAUCCUGAAUUAGAAAAGAAAGGUGUUGCAGCUCUCGGUGCUAGGCGCAAAAUGCUCAAAGAAUUUGAAAAGGUCAAAGCUGCUAUU